AUGCAGCUCCCAAAGCUUCCGGCGAAAGCCGCAUACAUCCAUCUUCGAAACCCAGCAAGGCGUAACGCCCUGAGUCUGGAAAUACUCGAAGAUCUCCGCACGCAGCUCCUCGCGCACCUUACGUCACCAUCAUCCGGCAGAGUUCUAACGCUCCCUCCCUCCAGACCCUCGAUCUUGCGGGAGCUUGAAAAGGCAAGCUCCGCGUCUGACUCGAAAGACAGGUGCUCUUCGGGGUACAGCUGGCUCGUCGAUGCCGCAGAAUGGAACCGAGAGCGAGCCGGGCUACCGAACGUCCUUGUCCUCCGCAGCAGCCCGGGGCCAGUCUUUUCCUCGGGCCACGACCUCAAACACCUCGCCUCGCUCUCGCGUGUCGAGGUGAAGCGCACGUUUGCCCUCUGCGCCGAAGUCAUGUCUCUCAUUCGCCAGAGCCCAGCGCCCAUUAUCUGUCCCAUUCAUGGCCUCGCGACGGCCGCCGGGCUGCAACUCGCGCCGUCGACAGAUUACCCCAUCGCCCUAUCCACCACCGAGUUCCAGCUGCCUGGCGCUAGCAUAGGGUUACCGUGCACGAGUCCUGUAACGGCGGUAUCCCGGCGCCUAUCACCAGGCCAAGCUUACCGGCUUCUUCUCACCGCCGAAGCGAUCACCGCUGACGAGAUGCGGGGUGCCGUCGAUGUGGUACCGACGCCCGAGCACGCAGAGUCCACGGACACGGCUGCCGCCGCCUUCGAGGGUCGUGUUGCGGAGGUGGUGGAGAGACUUGCGGGGUCAGCGGGUCAGCCGAUGGCCCUCGGUAAAUGGGCUUUUUGGACACAGCUCGGCAUCAAGGGUGACGGUACUGACGGUAGAGGAGGUGAUGGUUAUGAGGAUGCGGCAAGCUGGGCCGGACGAAUCAUGGCGCUUCAUGCGAGGAGUGCUGAUGCCCGAGAAGGCAUCGCAUCCUUCACGGAGAAGCGCAAGCCGCAAUGGCAGACUUGA